AUGACUCAUCAUUUGGAUCAAGAGCAAAAUCCAACAUGUGCUGUAUACAAGAAAUAUCAGAUCCUGCUGAUGGCUUUGUCGGGGGUGGAUCUGAAAGAACCAACCACGCCUCACAAAAUUGAAAUCAAGGACUUCCUGCUCACAGCCAGAGGAAAAGAUGCCAAAUCUGUCAAGAUCAAGAAAGAUAAAGAUAAUGUGAAGUUUAAAGUUCGAUGCAGCAGAUGCCAUUAUACCUUGGUCAUCACAGACAAAGAAAGGAAGCAGUCCCUGCCCUCUGGUUUCACAGUGAAGGAGCUGAAAUGA